AUGCCCAAGUUUGUGAGAAAGUCGUGCAGCGCGCAGAGCACUAUCAGCGCUUAUUUCGGAUCCAAGAGCAGAGAGUCUUCCACCGGGUCCAACGACAAACACACCGACCACACUGACCCACAGACACGCACCGGGAAGAACCAGCACAAGCGCCCCUCCUCUUCCUCCUCCUCCUCCUCCUCCUUCUUCUUCACCAAGUCUGACAGUAAUAAUAAAGGUGCAGAAGGAGCUCCAUCUAAACGGCCCAAACUCUCCUCCAGAAAACACGAGGAGAAGUCAACGUCUGCAGGUGGGAAGUGUCACUCUGAUGGAGCCAUACGCACAUCCACCUUGGAGAAACUAAGAGGUUUUUCCUGCGAUGAUGCUGCUGCUGUUUUAGAGAAGGAUCAUGAGAUUUCUACAUUUCUACAAACCAAACAGAGUAACACGGAUCACACAGAUCUCACUGAAGACACAGAAGAUGCAGAGGACGACGAUACAAGUCUGGUGCAACCUUCCUUCUCUCAGUUUGCUCGGCCUGGACUGGACAGAAAAGGCCCCGUCCCCGUCCCUCUCCCCGUCCCCUGCGCCUCUCCGUCCAGACGCCCCAGACCUGUGCUGACCCCCCUGGAGCAGCAGGUGACGGAGCUGCAGCAGAGGCAUCCUGGGGUCCUGCUGGCCAUCGAGUGUGGAUACAAGUACAGGUUCUUUGGAGAGGACGCAGAGGCAAGUCCACAAACCACACGGCGAUAG